AUGGCGCACUUUUCAGAUAUCGAGUGGCGAAAGAACAUGCCAAUAAGCUAUGGAGCCCAGGAUCCAGUCUUAGACAAUGGUAUACUAUUCCCAUCAUUUUAUAGAACUGUACCUAGUGAAAGUGCCCAGUACAAAGGACUCAUUCAGCUUCUACAACACUUUAGUUGGAAUUGGGUUGGCCUUAUUGCAAGUUCAGAUGAAAAUAAUAAAAAAGCCAGUGAAGAAUUCAAAAUAGAGCUGCUGAAAAAUGGAAUAUGUAUUGAAUACUUUCACAUUUUUUCAUCCACUAAUAUUGCCAUGACAUGGGGUAAAACUGUUCAAAUGUUGAAAUAUUCAACUGCACAAGUUAUCAUUAUUUUCUGUGAUAAGUACACCCUUAUUGACUUUUUACAUACAGUACAACUAUUUAUUUUGCCUGCAAAAGUAUGGAUAACAUCUUCCUCUAUAAUAAGUUUUAUUGCUCCAAAUUUGUCUCCUUUUAAUGGUUCCAUUCUUUUUUCAUUACAUAAAGGAGAGAUUCCUGGUUUGAAAGACUUCACUUACAGUGUCACUCCAUCUACAUUACCAGAUAACAUUUUCACUGCUAGAAUGUGGCAUCUUUCAUUUGGGUGUCUACCUUCAAAUUAUAGAAUGUAUAGAGAAACAUGGGGACCAUCACUUAAUUGCACUGGAAAUGAGACUCUUCAAGUACUGGAUUUACUUUAUGGUACCCACAGGCUUACAUAUGCUGUUUACAAGGCUGUGUAUGCUAUGGCACAUUCAUUGCAUGCUAUGCUUUCUUUCAACAAAAUCAAGCAAUUAUCUGCUGAUAGACCUUAUAUGAAUCUGAAAAAGGAUUUUAAAGCAUCUAAGCUAACUCAAUACCUGAAGAAUGCUCACUUUACUACAACCUCUGGAGAGGAGUUUCAUUUUGAGAACAGAUCGGCUCCACCACAAUAUGACAUUUUGAAUUGGAUCAUUACUCACGACAAAAAAGUUCUGAGUAACCAGAUUGGCAGCUUUGACUUGAAUGCACCUCCAGGGCAGCAACUGAUCAUCAACGACAGUGCCAUACAAUGGAAUCAACAUUUAACUGAGAUUCCACCGCGUUCUGUCUGCAGUGAGAGUUGUCUCCCUGGAUACAGGAAAGCCAUACCAAAAAACAUACAUGUGUGUUGCUAUGAUUGUGUCCGUUGCUCGGAUGGGGAAAUAUCUAACAAAACUGAUAUGGAAAACUGUGUGAAGUGUGCUGAAGACCAGUGGUCCAAUGCAGGGAGAAAUAUGUGCAUCUCCAGAACCAUAGAGUUCCUUUCUUAUGAAGAAGCCUUGGGUAUAUCAUUAUCUAGUAUUGCCAUUGUCUUUGCGUUUAUGACCCUAGGGGUAUUGGUCAUCUUUAUCUACCACAGAGACACAGCCAUAGUUAAAGCUAAUAACAGAAAUCUUAGUUACACUCUACUUGUAUCUCUUACCAUGUGCUUUUUAUGUUCAUUGCUAUUCGUUGGAUGCCCUGUGGCACUCACCUGCUUUUUUCGACAAGCUGCCUUUGGAAUCAUUUUUGCAGUUGCUGUUUCUUCAGUAUUGGCUAAAACGACAACUGUUGUUAUUGCUUUCAAAGCCACAAAGCCUGGAAGCAGAGCAACAAAAUGGUUAGGGUCCCAAGUAUCCAGCUAUCUUGUGUGUUUGUCUUCAAUGGGAGAAGCGCUCAUUUGUCUCUUAUGGUUUAUUUGCUCCCCACCAUUUCUGGAAUUUGACACCCAUGAGCAAUCUGAUAAAAUGAUAUUACAAUGUAAUGAGGGGUCAGUCACAGCAUUCUACUUUGUAGUAGGUUAUAUUGGACUUUUAGCUGCUUUAAGCUUUAUAGUGGCUUUUCUAGCAAGAAAAUUACCAGAUAGUUUUAAUGAAGCAACACAUAUAACUUUCAGUAUGUUGGUAUUUUGCAUUGUAUGGCUGUCUUUUAUCCCAGCCUAUCUGAGCACUAAAGGCAAAUACAUGGUGGCUGCUGAAAUAUUUGCCAUCUUGGCUUCCAGUGCAGGCUUGAUGGGUUGUAUAUUUAUUCCUAAAUGCUACAUUAUUGUAAUACGGCCAGAUCUAAACACCAGGGAAAGACUUAUAGGGAAAAAAACAAAUCAAUCAGUUGUAGACAGUACCUAA